CCCGUUGUAAGCUAACCCUCCGGUUGUGUUGCGCGUUUUUCCAACAUUUUUCGACUGCAGCUGAGUGAAACAUGUCCGCAGACAUGCCGCCGAGCAGUCUGAACCUGGAGUCCCAGCUUUUGUCCAUAAUGGACGUGCUGGUGAAGGCGGCGGUGACGGAAAUCAGUCAGCUGUUCUCGGAGAGCUCGGCGUCUCUCCGGCUGCAGUUGUGCCAGAGCCUGAAGGAAAGCGAAACCCUGAGGCUGAGGAUGAAGGUAAUGAGGAGCGAGCUCUUCUCCCUCAGGCUGCAGACCAGGACGAACCGGCCGGCCAGCCGCUUUUCCCACAUCCCCAUCCGAGGAAACACCCCCAAACCACGGGCUAAGUCACAAGUUGUCAUCAAGCCACCAGCGCCUCUAAAGACUGUUGGAGAAGCUGCUUCUCUGCAAUCAGAGAACAAUACUUCCUCCUCUGCUACUCAAGUAGAGUGUGCAGAUGUGGAAAGCCCAGAUGUCAUCCUCAUCAAAGAUGAAGACGACAUUGGAGGAUGUGGGCCAGUUGCAGGUCAGGGUGACUUUGGGAACCAAAGUACACAUAGUGUUGACACAGUGGCUCAGAAUUUAGAGCCCUCCUGCCUGACAGGUAAUCACGAGGAGCUGAGAAUCGUGAGCGUUCAUGGUCGAGGGGAAGGGCCACUGCAGGAAGUGGGCGACACCCUCUUCACCGCCUCCGAAGUCCAGGCUUUUAGCUCUCUGUCUCCUGACCACAACGUCACCCAUGACGGUCUCCUGAAUUUCACCUCUGGUGCCAAUGACAGACCCCCAAUGAGAGGGAUGCAGGAUAACAGUGUUGGACCCACAAGAAACAGCCAGCUGGAAAGAAAUCAUUCCACCCAAAUGGCUUUAACAGCAAUGAAUCCUGCAAUACAAACAACAGUAGUAGGAGCUGAUGGUCAUGUGGCGCACUCCAGUCAUGUCAGCCAGUUCUCCCAGCAACAGAACGUCUUCCUUCACACCGUCAACAAACCCCUGGACUGCAGCUUCUGUGGCAAGGGCUUCAUCAGCCGUGAGGACCUGAUCGUCCACCGGGCAACUCACACCGGGGAGAUGCCCAUUCCCUGCUCCUUUUGCGGCAAGUCAUUCGUCAACAAGACCACACUGACCAUCCACAAGCGCAUUCACACCGGGGAGAAGCCGUACGCUUGUGCGCAGUGUGGGAAACGCUUUACGCAGAACGGCAGCCUGAAGAUCCACUUGAGGACUCACUCUGGAGAGAAGCCGUACACCUGCAAUCAGUGCACCGCCAGCUUCAACAACCCCAGCAACCUGCGCAGGCACAUGAUCACACACAACGCUAACGGAGUGCUUUGACCAGGAAAGAUGCAACGGCUUUUCAGCAUGUUACGUUUACUGACCUGUGCUGCAGUGUGCAUUUGAGGGAAAAGUGUUUCUUAUUGAAGUAUCUCAUGGUCUUGUCCUUCUGUGUUUCUACUUUUGCCACUACACAAGGAACUUCAUGGGUCAAAUGUACUUAAUAACCUACAAGUACAGCAAUGUAUAUUGUAUGUAUCUUGACAACUUCCUAGUUAAAUGAAUGGACUGGUUCAAAAUAAGGACACAAACAAGCAUGAUCUCUGUUCAGUGUGAUGACAGCAGCAAUAGAAAAAGAACCUCCAAAACUAAAAUGCCUUUUUUAUUUUCUUCCAUAGCUCAAGGGACUGCUCGAGUGAGCAAUGAGACUGCCUGAGACAGAGCAGACACAGAGCAGGCUCAUUGCUCACUGAUUUACCCACAUUGGCCUAAUGCAGAUAUUAAAAGGAUAGAAUGUUGCAAUUGGUGCGGCAAACUCCAGUUAUGGUAAGGUUCUCAAAUUUCUAUUGUGUCAUGGUAUAUAAUGCCAUAGUGCGCAAUACAAGUCGUUGUAAGAGUGCAGAAGUUAAGUGUUUUAAACUGUUUUAAAGGUUUGCGGAGCUGCGAGCGAUUUACAGUUUUCCACGUCAUACAUAUGACAAAAAAUCCCAGAUACUCUGACUAAACCUCAGAUUUGGAUCAACCAGAGCAUCAGAACUUUUUAGGAAUUAAAAAUGGUUUGGUUUACUGAAUAGUGAGCUGCAUACCUGGCAUAAGGAGCGGGUCAUUAACCUUAAAUCUUUCAUUUGAGUAUGUGUGUUUGUUACAUUUAAAAAGCUAACUACCUCUACUGUUGUCUGUGUUGCAGCUCUUAUUUCUUCUUUUUGUACUUCCUGGAUACUUUGAAACGGGGCAAUAAUAAAUUUAGCGUGGCUUCUGUCUGUGGUUUUGUAAUCUGGAUAUAAAAUUGUGAAUAAAUAUGGAGUUUUUAUAAACAGC